GCCAGUUCGGAUUACUUGGCAACCACAUUCCAUCCCACGUCCUCAGAGCCUCCCUAAUCUUGACCCAUGCGGCUUCUCCGGUCCGUCACACCAUAUCCGCUUUCACUACCGCCACUUUCCAAUUUCUUCGCUCAGAGUCCAGUCCGCUUUGUCUUCUUCCCCCAAAUCACUGAACCGACACCUCACCACCAGUAUCACAUCAGAAUCAAGUUGACUAAACCACUUCACAGCAUAGGUAGCUCAAGCAUCAACCUCCUAUAAUUACGAACAUCACAACAAUACAUCCCCUGGCAGGAUCAGAAAGGAUCUUCCAAGUCAGCCCAAGAUGAAACAGCCUCCGAUCGAGGACCUUAUCUAUGGGUACAUGUUCCCAAAGGCCCGACCAUCGGACCCCCCGAACUUUGCCGUUUUUCUCUCAAGGCAUCUGAUUUACGAGGUUCGACAAGAGGUACACUCGUAUUACGGUCAUAUCGACACCCAAGAAGCGAAGUAUCCCGGCCUCGACUACAACCACCCUAUUCACCGCAUUCGCCUAAGUCGCUGGCAAUGGCACCGUCGGCUCUUCCGCGCCUUCGAUGCUCUCCGUUUGACCGAAUGGGAGAUCGCCAAUCUGACAAAGUGGGAGGGCACAAGAUGGGCCAAGGAGAAGUACGAAGAGGAGCAGGGGAUUGUCAUCCGAGACACCGCGGCCGACGGCUUUCCUGACUUAACCUAUCCUCGGGACAGGGUCAGGAUUGAGCCUGAAUUUGGCUCUGAGCUUCAUGUGGAAGCUGCGCCGGAGGCUGUAGAGGAAGACGAAGACGAGGUCAUGAACGAGGACGAGGACGAGGCCAUGAGUGACGAAGACGAGAUCUACUCAGCACUGACCGUACCCGCGGCAUUCGGGUACCAAAGCGUCGUUUCGAAUAACAUCCUUGCUGCACCAUUGGACGAGGAGUGGCUGAAGAAUGCUAUCGAGACCGGUCAACUACCACGCCACUCCGAUACCACAAAUAGCGAGCUUUCUGCGCCUCGUAUCCUCGCCGCUGCCCGUGAAGGUCGAUGGCACGAGGUCCCGACUAUUUAUCGAGAUGUGCUACAGUCACGGAUGGGGACACACUUCGGGCCUCUUUUCGGCAACUCUCAGCUACGGACAAGGCACUUUCAGUAUGGUACAACAGCGGGGCAAACCAGGCGCACGACCUCAGAGCUUCGUCUGGCUACUGCCACCAACUCAUCUCAGCGAGUUGCUCGGCCCGGUGCCUGACUGCCCAGUCAGAACUCGCAAACGGCAAGGGCGUAACCUCAUCUGUGAGGUGGUACUAUGUGGUUUUGAUCUAUUCAGUCUGGUAACGAGGUGGAAAUCCGCGGCGUCCGUUGCUUUUGCUU